AUGAAAUCCUCUUAGCUUGAUGAUUUGGUGGUCCUUGAUGGUGGACUUAAGUACACUGGUAAACUACUCAAUGGAAUCCCUCACGGAUAUGGAAAAUUAGUUUGGCCUAAUGGUGAUCUCUAUGAGGGAAACUUUAAAUUCGGAAAGAGAAAUGGUUCAGGAAAGAGAACUAAUAUUGAUGGUUCAGAGUAUAAUGGAGAGUACGUUGAUGAUAAACCGCAAGGCAGAGGUAAGCUGAAAAUUAUUAAAUAAUAUUUAGGUCUCUAUAUUUGGAAAGACGGUGAGCGAUAUGAAGGAGAAUGGAAAGAUGGCAAGUUUCACGGUAAAGGAAUAAAGACUCUUCCUGACGGUACAAUAUUUGAUGGAGAAUGGAUUGAGGGCAGACCUUAAGGAAUGGGCAUGUGCAAAUAUCCCGAUGGAGCGAAAUACACAGGUAAUUGGCUCAAUGGCUAGCCUCAUGGUGAAGGAGUCAAGAUUUUGACUGAUGGGACAAAAUAUACAGGAGAUUGGAUUGAUGGAAAAGCGUGCGGUAUUGGAGUCAAAACGUUACCAAACGGCACUAUUUAUGAUGGGCAUUGGACAGAUGGAAAAUUUGAUAAAGGUAAAUGCACCUAUCCUGAUGGAAAAAUCUAUGAAGGAGAUUGGAAGGACGGUAAACCCUCAGGCUAAGGAAUCAAGACUUGGACAGAUGGCAGAAAAUAUGAUGGACUUUGGAGAUUAGGAAAACCAGUAGGAGUUGGUAAAAAGAUCUAUCCUGAUGGAAAAUAGAAAGUCGGAUACUGGGACAAGGGAAAAUUCAUUGAAGGAUAUUAGUAAGCCCCAGAGAAAGAUGAUGGGAAAAAUGAAGUUGAUGAUAUGGAUGGUUCAAAGAUAAAUUUAGGAGCAGGGUCAUAGCCUUUAAAGUAACAGUUAUUGAUGGCUUAGUAGAAGCAGCAAGUCAAUCCUAAUAUUAAUAGUCCUAAAACUUUAGCUUAAGCUAUUAAACAGAAUUAAUCAUCAGCUAAUGUUGUCCCCAAGGAUUAAAAUUAACAGAGGUUGAACCUUGGAGGAGUUGAAAAGUAGACUGCUCAAUAGUAAUAAGCUUAGCCCUCUAGUCAGCAGUAAAAUCAAGAAUAGAAAUUAGGCAAAUACUAUGUUGAUGAGGAUGGAUUUGUCCAAUUUCCUGAUGGCUCAAAAUAUAAAGGUCCACUGAAGAAUGGAAACCCAGAUGGUGUUGGGAUAAUUAUAUAUGCUGAUGGAUCUAAAUAUGAAGGAAACUGGUCAGCUGGUAAUUCAAAUGGCUUUGGAGUGCUUAUUUUUCCUGAUGGAAGUAAGUAUGAAGGAAAUUGGAAUAAAGGUAAAUACAGUGGAAAGGGGAUAUAUACAACUUCAACUAAUGCUAAAUACGAUGGAGACUGGUAAAAUGGAAAAUACCAUGGACUUGGAAUAUUUCACUGGCCAGAUGGAAGUGUUUAUAGAGGGGAAUGGAAAAAUUGUAGAGAAAAUGGAAAAGGUCUCUUUAAAGGUGUUAAUGGAACUACAUAUGAGGGUGAAUGGGUAGAUGGUAAAUAUAGUGGCUAGGGUAAACUUGUUACUCCUGAUGGUAAACUUUACGUUGGACUUUUUAAAAAUGGAAAAGUUCCAUCUUAGAAUUCAAACUUUGCACUUCCAAAGUCGAAAAACUCACUGCCUGCUUUGGACUUCAAUUAAAUUAUCGAGAAGAAUCUUGAAGUUAAAUAAAUGUAUGGAAAUAAAAAUGGCAAUAAUUUGGCAAGUUUGCUCGAUAGAAGUCAUAACCAAUCUGGAGUACAAUAGAAUAUAAUGAGUCAAUCUCAUUUGAUUAGUAGCAGUCAAAACUCAUCAUAUUAAUAGUCCAACAGAAAUUUCGGAGCGAUUCCCUCGCAUCCUAAAAAUCUCUUUGCACAAAAAGAUCAAUACAAAUGCUUGUGUGGAAGUGAUGUAUUGCAGAAAAAUUUACAGACUCACUUCAUGACAUGCUAAAUGAUGUAGAGUAAACAUGAUCCAAUUAUGCAAUGUCUUCAGUGGGAAAUUAACCAGUGUGGAGAUCAUGAUGUCAGUUUAAAGAAUAUCAAAGCUAUCUUAUCUUAUUUCGUUGAAAGCAUCAAUGAUAAGAUAAAAUCUAAUUCUUCAAGUUUUGUUGUAAACAAUAAUAGCAUUUCUUCUUCAAUGAAUUUUAACAGUGUAAAUAGCAACCACAAAAGGAACAGUGAUCUCUCACUUCCAUUGAGUCAAUUUAAUAUACCUGAGAAAAAAUAAUAAAUAGUAGAGAAUAAUCAUCAUGUUUAUGAGUAUAAACAAGAACCAAAAAGCAAUCAUAAGUUAAAUAAUUCUGAUGUUAUGAUGAUUGAUGAAGAAGAAAUCAAAUAGGAUUACGUAGUGUAUCAAGAGGAAGAGCAAGAAAAAUGUUGCUAUUGCAGUUAGAUUUUCACUAAAUAAGAUGAAAUAGACUAGCAGAAAUAAUUCUUAGAAUCAACUGAUUGCUUCCAUCAAAUUCAUUCGAGAUGUCUUGUAUGUCUAGUUUUUGAAAAUUUCCCUAAGAAUCAAGUUGCUCCAUGUCCUUUUUAAGGUUGCGGGAAGCACAUCUAGGAAUGGGAAUUUAACAGAUUGCUUUCAUAAGAAUAAAAAGAUAAACUAGAUAAGCUUGUCAAUGACUCCAUAUUAAAUCAAGGAAAAGAUUUUAUUGCUUGCAAAUGUGGAAAUGUAAUGGAGCUAGUUGAAGGAAAGGUAGAUUUAAACCAAAAAGAUGAUUCAGGCAAAAAAAUUUCAAAGGAAGCAGCCAAUCAUAUGGCGAAAUUCAGAGUAAGGUGCUUUUAGUGUUAAGAUAAUUUCUGCUCUAAGUGCAAAGAAUACCCAUAUCAUAUUGGAAAGACUUGCGAGUAGCUAAAAGAACAUAAGAAUUCUAGAAAAUGCAGAUAUUGUGGCAUUAAAAUUGAUCCUAAAAUACCUUUACAAUCUAAGAAAGAAGCAUUCAAAGAUGUCUGUAAUGAAGAAGAGUGCCUUCAACUAAUGAGGAAGUCUUGUGACAAGAUACAUCCUUGUGGGCACUUGUGUAAUGGUUUCGCAAAUGAGCCUGAAUGCUUACCAUGCUUACAUGAAACUUGUGUUGCAGAAAAUCAACAUCCAACUUUAGGUUAAAAUGCUGAUUCUUAUUGUUCUAUAUGCUUCAUUUAAGGAUUAGGGGAUAAGCCAUGCGUAAAAUUAGAUUGCAAUCAUAUUUUCCAUCUUGAUUGUGUGAUGAAAAUUCUAAAAUAAAAAUGGCCUGGACCUAGAAUAGUCUUUAACUAUCUUAAUUGCACUUCAUGCAAAUAAAGGAUAAGAGCUGCAUAUUGCAGAGAAAUAAUGACUGAAAUUAUGGAAGCUGAAAGUUAUGAAAAGGAUUUGCAGAAAAAAGCAAUUGAAAGAGGAAAGCAUGAGGGAAUAGACAAGCACGAAAAGCUUAAGGACAAAAGCUAUGCUUACUAUAAUAAAUUCCAAGAAUAUUGCUUAUUCAAGCUUUCCUAUUAUGAGUGUUUCAAAUGCAAGCAACCUUACUUUGGAGGAAUGAAGGACUGUGAGAAUAAUUAAGAAGAAAAUAAAUAGUAGGAAUAUAAAAAAGAGGAUUUAGUCUGUGCUUCGUGUUCAGCUGUUGCAGUUGGAGGGGGAGUUUAGAAUUGUCCUAAACAUGGAUUAGACUAUAUUGAGUUCAAGUGCAAAUUCUGUUGCAACAUCGCUCAAUGGUUUUGCUGGGGCACUACGCAUUUCUGUGAAUCCUGUCAUACUAAAUAAAAUAAUGGUGAUUAUGUCUCUAGGAAAAAACGAAGUGAACUUCCUCGAUGUUCAGGCCCAGCAAAGUGUCCUCUAAAGAUUCAGCAUCCCGAAAACGGAGAAGAAUUUCCUCUCGGGUGUGCAUUAUGCAGAAAUCUAAAAGCUAAUAUGAAGAAUUUCUGA